AAGCAGACGACUCCUGCGCGUUUUAGCACACGCGCAAUCUUUGCACGUUUUUGCUGGUCGGCCUCCCCUUUAACUCCCCUUUUUGCUAUGAGUUUUUUUGCACUAUUAGACACUACCGGCAUAUACAUUCGGUGCUUGCGGUCACACGGAAUAACGAGUAAACGAAAUUAUUUUUGUAUUUGUGCAGAAGGAACGCGUCAUACUGCUGGGCAGUUUACGACGAGAGGGGGCAUACUGGGUACGCCGUCAUUCGGCGGUUGCGUCAGUACCCCGUCAACGGCGUCGAUCCCUCUGUUGCGACGUCGCUUAUCAGUCAAGAUGGCGGAAGUGUGAUGACCUUGUUGGCCGCCGCGUUAUGCGUUUUAACAUUGCUGCCUGUGUAUAGCAGCAAGUCCAUCUGGCCAUCUGUUUGUGUCUUUACGCUCAUGCCAGUCGAUCAGCGAGCGUGAGAGGUUUGUUGCAUCAUCGUCAAAUUGGGUGCGCCUUUUUUCUGCAAAUACUGCUCAUGCAGAUGCCAGUGAAAGAACAAUGUGGCUCAGUGGACCGUCUUGGUGAAUAGUGUGUGUGUCCGGUAAACGAUGCAACUAAGCUAUCGUUUAAACGAUGUUUUAUAAGUAGAGGAAAUCUGCACGGUAUUCACUCGGCUCUCGGUCAGCUGUCGUUGGAACAACUAAGGUGAACCUUCUCUCGAAGUCUCCAUGUUCUCUCAGAUGCAAGAUGGCCACUCGCAUGAUGCCGCUUUGUUCUCGCGCGGUUCUUCGAGGCUUGGGGCCCAAUGCAUUUGCUUUGGGGGCUCGCUGUUCCUCAACUUCUGCCCAUGGCACGGCCUGGAAGUGGUGGAAGAAACCUGCAGCUGUUGCAGCAGGAGCUGCUGUCUUUGGUGCCCUAUCCGGUACCCUGCAUUGGAAAUUGUCAGCAGCUUCACCAGCAGUGGAGGAUUCACCGCAGAAAUCCACAGGCAAUGCGAAUACACCUCUCAUAGUUCAAGCUCAGGAGGUCGAACCUGCAAGCUGGAAAAAUAUUAAGGAACCUCCAAAUGUGCCUAUCGCAAGGAAGGUAUCGGGAGCUCAACCUCUUCCUGGAAUCAGGCUUACCUUAUUUCAGUACCAAACAUGCCCAUUCUGCUGCAAGGUGCGAGCUUUUCUGGAUUAUCAUGGAAUUCCGUAUGACAUCGUUGAGGUAGAACCUGUUCUUCGGCAGCAAAUAAAAUUCUCCACCUAUAAAAAGGUGCCCAUCGUGCUUUUGAGAGAAGGGAACAAUUGUUGGCAACUCAACGAAUCGUCGGCGAUCAUAAGCAUACUGCAAAGUUAUCGUCUAAAUAGCGAGCCAGGAAUACAGGCUUACCUCAAUCUCUACCAACCAAUGAAAACCAAAGAUCCCAAAGGGAAGGAGGUAUUGGAAGUGUUCAACAAGUAUAAUCUAAUAUAUGAUCCCCGAGAAGAGACGCUUAAUGAAGAUGCCGUUAGCAGUGAAAUCAAAUGGCGUCGCUGGGCAGACGAUCAUCUUGUUCAUGUUCUCUCGCCUAACGUCUAUCGCUCGCCAACGGAAGCGUUACAGGCAUUCAACUAUUUUAGCGAUGUCGGCGACUGGAAAAAGCUAUUUCCAGCGUGGGAGCGUUACCUUGUUAUUUAUGUAGGUGCCGCUGCGAUGUACUUGGUCGGAAAACGCUUACAGAAAAAAUAUAAUCUCAAGGAGGAUGUGCGGUUGAGUUUCUACGAAGCGUGCGAUACGUGGACCGAUUAUUUGGGAAAUGGCAAAUUUGCUGGCGGCAAAAGGCCUAAUCUCGCCGACUUGGCCGUAUUUGGUGUUUUGAGCUCUGUCGAAGGAUGUGCGGCAUUCGACGACGUGUUGAAACAUACUAAAAUUCAACGAUGGUUUAACGAUAUGAAAACCGCUACGCAGAGAACUGAUCCAACUUAUUAAACAUAUGUUGGACCUAUGUAUGUCUUUGGUCUUUCAACACUGUUUAUAAGCUAUCGCGAAAGGCCGCUAGAACGUAAUUAGAGUUGUCAAGGGGCAUCGAUAGUGUAUUAUUAUUAAGCAUCUAUACUGUGAGCGUAAGCAUAUUGCGUCUUCAAUUCCUUCCAUUCGAUGAAAUCGAGACAUGACGUCGUUUAUCGGCUGAUGGUCCACUGUCUGCUCACAGUUAAUAACUUGCCUAGCUGAUUCGGGCUACAAUAACAAAUGAAAUAUCAAGAACGAACACAAGGCCAAAGAAAAUCACCGAAUGACAAUUCAAGUUUUUUAUGACAAUAGUUUUUUGAGCUUUUUUCUACUUAUACAGUUGCAGAUGGAGCUACCGUAUGCAACUGAAUUUAAUUAUGAUUGAGAUCAUUAACCUCUCUUACGAAGUUUCUGCAGUGAAAAGCUAUACUUAAAAAAUAGAAAUAUGAGGCAAAACCCUCCAAAUAUAUACAGUUGAUGGCCAUAUGCUAGAAUUGCCUUUAUUACUUACCGAUCGACUAAUGCGAUCCUGCAUUAUUGAGAUUUAGAGCGUACCAUAUAUAUAGGUCACGGUAAAAUAGAAACGGAGAAUAAACUGUGUUUUAGCUUUGCGAGAAAAAAACCUUUUCUUUUUGUAUCCAGCUUAGUUUAUAUCGCAAAAUGAAAAUAUCUAUUAGCAUUAGUUGAGCUGGCUACCAACAAUUUUUCACGUAGAUGUUAGAAAUUUACUUUUGGAGAUUUCUAGACUUUAGUAAUAAAUAAAGUAGUCAUCAUAUAGAUAUUCAAAUUAAUGUCAAACCUUUCAAUCAGCCGUCUACUCUACGGUUAUGUGUAGGCACAACGGUUAUAUUCUUUGAUAUCAUUUGAUCAUACAGUUUCAAAUUGUCAGGAAGUACGGUACAACAUUUCCCGUGUAGGAUUAUAAUUGUUCAUUUAAUUGACUUGUUUUAAAAUGUACAUAAUGGGUUAGAUUCCUGGCAUCUAUCUAAAACAAUACUGUAUAGACCGAGCGGUCAGUGUAUUCCAAAGGGGUGAUGUGGUACUGAGUAACUGAAUAUGUUAAAAUAAAUAUUGGAGGAUUUGAUUUGAUUCGAAGUC